CCGUUCCCAAACCCACAAACCAGAACAAACAGUGUAGAAACAAGCCUUACAUCAGUGAACCUCAACAUGAUAAGUUUUUUUAGCACCAUGUGAAUACUAUCAGAUUGUAAGGACCCUAUAGGAAAUAUUUAACUGAAGUCGAUCCUUACCGCGGAUAAAUGAUUCAUUUCUUUCAUCCAGAAGUCUGCUAAUGGAAGACAGUCUGAAAGAGCAUUGCACACGAGACACAGUAGUAAGAAAUAGACAAAAAUGCAAGCUAAACGAGAGCGGUAAGCGGCUUACCCAAACCAAACCAGUGCAACCCCAUUCUGGAGACAGUGAUACAUCCAAAACAAAUGACCCCACCAACAGACUGGCUUCAAAUGGGACAAAUAAAAGACAAGAAGGACGUCUCAGAUCUCCCUGCAGUCAUGUUUACAUUCUGGUCGUGGUGCUUGUGCUGUCUGUAUGUACACGCUUUUACAAGAUCGAUGAACCUGCACAUGUUUGUUGGGAUGAGACUCAUUUUGGGAAAAUGGGAAGCUAUUACAUCAAUCGCACAUUUUUCUUCGAUGUCCAUCCACCACUUGGAAAGAUGCUGAUUGGUCUUGUUGGAUACCUGACGGGCUAUGACGGCACCUUUCCUUUCAUAAAACCAGGGGACAAAUAUGAGCACCACAAUUACCUCGGAAUGAGAGGGUUUUGUGCAGCUCUCGGUUCGUGUCUGCCUCCUUUUGCCUUCCUUACCGUCCUGGAGUUGUCCAACUCCACGUCAGCUGCUCUUAUUGUGGCCUGUUUGCUUAUCUUUGACACUGGCUGCAUCACCAUUUCUCAGUACAUACUUCUGGAUCCCAUUUUGAUGUUUUUCAUCAUGGGCUCUGUUCUGUGCAUGGUCAGAUUCAACACACAGAGCUUCAGGCCUUUCAGCUUCUCUUGGUGGUUGUGGCUGCUUCUGACGGGGGUCUGUCUCUCUGGAUCUCUGGGGGUCAAGUUUGUGGGACUGUUUGUCAUUCUUCUGGUGGGAAUCAACACUGCUGCCGAUCUGUGGAUGUUACUUGGUGACCUCAGUUUGUCUUUGGUGGAGUUUGGGAAGCACUUCUUGGCUCGUGUUUUUGGCUUGAUAAUACUCCCGCUGUUUCUGUAUGCCACAAUAUUUGCUGUUCACUUUAUCGUCUUAAGCAAAAGUGGACCUGGAGAUGGUUUCUUCAGCUCUGCUUUCCAGUCACGCUUAAUUGGAAACAAUCUUCACAACGCCUCCAUGCCAGAGUAUCUGGCAUAUGGCUCUGUCAUAACAUUGAAGAAUAUGCGAAUAGCUGGAGGUUAUCUGCACUCUCACUGGCAUCUUUACCCAGAGGGAUUUGGAGCUCCCCAGCAGCAGGUUACAGGCUAUAUGCACAAAGAUUAUAACAACCUGUGGUCGGUAAAGAGGCCUGACACCUCUUAUGAUUACACAGGAACUCCAGUGCUUGUUCGACAUGGGGACAUCAUUACACUGGAACACAAAGAAACUACCAGGAAUCUUCACAGUCAUUCCCACAAAGCUCCACUGACCAAAAAACAUCAGCAGGUUACAGGUUAUGGUAUUAAUGGGACUGGAGAUCUUAAUGACUUGUGGCAGGUGGAGGUGGUUGGAGGUAAGAAGGGAGAUCCGGUAAAGGUCCUGCGUAGCAAAGUGCGUUUUCUCCAUCACUCCACUGGCUGUGUGCUCUGCUCCUCUGGAAAGACUCUCCCCAAAUGGGCGUUUGAGCAACUUGAGGUCACAUGUAGUCCUUAUGUCAAAGUGACUCCCAACUCGCAGUGGACCAUCGAGGAUCACAUCAACCCUAAAUUGCCCAACAUCAGUCUGUCAGUACUUAAACCCACUUUCCUGGAGAUUUUGUGGGAGUCUCAUAUUGUAAUGAUCAGGGGAAACAGUGGGUUAAAACCCAAAGACAAUGAGAUGAAUUCAAAGCCGUGGCACUGGCCCAUCAACUUUCAGGGUUUGAGGUUUUCGGGAGUGAAUGAAACGGAAUACCGCGUUUAUCUCCUGGGAAACCCAAUAAUCUGGUGGCUUAACCUAUUCAGUCUGGGUUUAUUUGUUGUCAUGGUAACAGUGACCUCAGUGGCAGUACAGAGAGGAAUGAACCUGCAGGAAAAUCGGAAAGCGCAUUAUCGCAUUCUAAAGGAGGGUGGUGGUAUGCUGUUUCUGGGUUGGAUAUUACACUACCUCCCCUUUUACAUCAUGGGUCGAAUACUUUACUAUCACCAUUACUUUCCUGCAAUGCUUUUCAGCAGUAUGCUUACAGGUAUUACACUGGACAUUUUUCUGAAGAAUUUUGACAUUAUCUUUAGUCCAUCAAUAGCCAAAUAUAUUUUGAGGGGAGGUCAAUCGGUACUCAUUUUAGGGGUCAUCUACAGCUUUUACCUCUUCCACCCUCUCUCCUAUGGUAUGACGGGACUGCUGGCACAUGACCCCGCCUCCUCAAUGGCAGGUCUCAGGUGGCUGGAAUCCUGGGAUUUUUAGACCAUUUCAAAGUGCUUUGGGCCUGAUAAAGCACUAGUUCAGUUAUAACCCGUUUCUGUUGCUACACAUAACUGACUGACAUGUGGAGACAGACACGUUUCUUGCACAAAGAAUUUUAUUUUCUUAAGAAUUUAGAUUCUAUCAGUGUUUCUCUUUGUAGUGAUGGUUUACUUUCAUUACACAGACCUUAUUUUUAAAGCGUGAUGUUUGAUGAACCUAUUUUAUAAAUGUAUGUUCUCAGUGCUCAUUUGAUCUUGUUGUCAGUGUUGAAUGAAAAUAUUUACUUUCAUGUUAGGAAAGUUAUUGUUUUCUCUAGUAUUUACUAGUACAGUACAGUUGGAUUCAAGAUUUCACUGCUGUAGGUGGAUUGAAAUAAACUCAAAAAGCAAUAAAGUGCCUACUAGUUUUCAGA